UGUCGCAUCCGGAGUGAUGCAAAUGCCCUAUUAUAAUGUAGAUUAUAUAGCUACCCACUCGAUCAUGAAAGGAAGCAACGCAAAAGACAUUUUAGUCAAUAACUCAAACAAAGAAAUGAGCGAAAUGCAGACUAAAAAUCAGGUGGAGGAUUCGAUUAUCCAGGAAUCAUUGCUUACUUGCAUUGAUCUUGCAAACUCUGAUCUUCACCAAUCAGCUCUUUUGCUCAAGAAGGCAUGUCUGGAUAGUGGAUUUUUCUACGUUAUAAACCACGGAAUAAGCAAAGAAGUCACGGACAAGGCUUUCGAGCAGAGCAAAAAGUUCUUUGCUCUUCCUUCGGAGGAGAAGAUGAAAGUGUUGAAAAACGAAAAGCAUCGUGGCUAUACACCUUUGUAUGAUCAAAUCCCUGAUCCUGAGAAUCAAGUCCAAGGGGAUCACAAAGAAGGUUACUACAUUGGAUCCGAAGUUCCCAGAGAUGAUCCUCAGUGGGAUCGGCCAUUCUAUGGCCUCAACACUUGGCCUAAUCCUGAUGUUUUGCCUGGGUGGCGAGAGACAAUGGAGGAAUACCAUCAAGAAGCAUUGAGGGUUUGUAAGGCUAUUGCAAAACUAUUGGCAUUGUCGCUUGACUUGGAUGCAGAUUACUUUGAUAGCCCUGAGAUGCUUGGGAAGCCUAUUUCAACUUUACGCUUGCUGCACUAUGAAGGAAUAUCGGAUCCCUCAAAAGGAAUAUAUGGAACUGGAGCACAUUCCGAUUAUGGGAUGAUUACACUCUUAGCAACAGAUGGUGUAAUGGGACUCCAGAUAUGCAAGGAUAGGAACGCUAAGCUUCAAAAGUGGGAAUAUGUGCCGUCGAUUGAAGGAGCAAUUGUUGUGAAUCUUGGUGAUAUGAUGGAGCGUUGGAGCAACGGUCUUUUCAGAUCAACAUUGCACCGGGUUAUUUUAAAUGGACAGAGUCGAUAUUCAAUUCCAUUUUUCGUGGAACCGAAUCACGACUGCAUAAUAGAGUGUCUUCCAACUUGCCAGUCCGAAAACAAUCUUCCCAAAUAUCCAGCGAUCAAAUGUUCGGCGUAUCUCACCCAACGUUACGAAGAAUCGCAUUUGAAGUUCAGCAGCUACAAAAAAACAAACUUGAGUGAAGUUUGUUCUCCACCGUCUUUCCAUUAUCCUUGGUUUUCAAGUUGAGUUGAUUGUCUUUCAGUAUUUUCAUGGUUUUGGGUUUGGCUUGUUUUGUUGUUCACCAAGGAUAUAUGUGUGACACCCGUCA